GAGAGGGGGGAGAGAGAGGAGGAGACGAGAUACAGACACGAUCAUCAUCUCCAUCGCAUCACUGACUUACCAGCUACCGCAAAGACACGGAUAUGCGAUAGUCGCGCCAUUCACCAUCAGAUAUUGCGUUCAACGUCGUUUGCAAGGAUGAAUGUGUGUUGAGAAGGCGUUUCGCAGCAGGGCCAGAGAAACGGCUAAAGCGAGUAGUAGCGGCGUUAGCGCUUGGAGGAGCACCCAUUCCUGCACACCUCAGACCGCAAUGAUUGGACACAGCCUGUCUCGAUCAGCCAACUCCUAGUUCUGCUGCACCUGAUUGGACGACUGCAUGCUUAAGAGCUGAUCAUUGCCACAGUUGCCAUGACUUAGAAACACUCCUGAUAAAGAUAUGGAGAAAAAGAAACCAUGUCCCCGCCUACUGGACUACUUGGUGGUAGUUGGAGCCAGACAGCCCAGUAGUGACAGCGUAGCACAAACACCACAGCUGCUGAGGCGCUAUCCACUGGAGGACCACACCGACUUCCCUCUGCCACCUGAUGUCGUCUUCUUCUGCCAGCCCGAGGGCUGCCUGAGCAUGCGUCAGCGUCGGGUCAGUCUCCGUGAUGACACCUCUUUCGUCUUCACCCUUACUGACAAAGACUCGGGCAUCACCCGCUAUGGAAUCUGCCUCAACUUUUACCGCUCUUUUCAGAAGGGGCACCACCGGACACGAUCAGAGGGAAAAGGAGACAAGGCCCCUCAGACAGACACUGCAGUGGAGGGCACAGAAAAAUCUGACCCCUCCACAUUGAAACUCCCUGGGGAAUCCAAAGUGCCCCCUACAGAAGAAGGGACUUUGCCAGGCGAGCUGGGCAGUGGUGGAAAAUCACCUCGGUCUAAACGCAUUGCCCGACUGGCACCACAGAACCGGAACAGCACGUUAAUGUCUCUGUGCAUUCUGUGCCAUUAUCCUUUCUUCUCCACAUUCAGGGAGUGUCUGUACAUCCUCAAACGCAUGGUGGACUGCUGUAGCCAUCGGCUCAACCAGAGAACCGGUGCUCCUAAGGUUGCACAACGGGACACAAUGUGGCGUGUAUUCACAGGCGCUCUCUCCGUAGAGGAAAAGGAGAAGGGCAGUCAGGUGCUACAGGACCUAAGGGAGAUCGAGUCAUGGGUGUAUCGGCUGUUGCACUCCCCUGUUCCUGUCGCUGGUCAGCGUCGCGUUGACGUAGAAGUUCUCCCCCAUGAGCUGCAGCCUGCACUGUCCUUUGCCCUUCCAGACCCCUCUCGAUUCAGCAUUGUAGACUUCCCCCUUCACCUGCCCCUGGAGCUGCUGGGGGUAGAUGCCUGUCUGCAGGUCUUGUCCUGCAUUCUGUUGGAGCACAAGGUAGUACUGCAGUCUCGAGAUUAUAACGCCCUCUCUAUGAGUGUCAUGGCAUUCGUUGCAAUGAUUUACCCCCUUGAGUAUAUGUUUCCCGUCAUUCCACUGUUACCUACCUGCAUGGCCUCCGCAGAACAGCUCCUGUUAGCACCCACUCCAUAUGUUAUUGGUGUGCCUGCCAGUUUUUUCCUGUACAAGGCUGACUUUAAGAUGCCUGAUGAUGUUUGGUUAGUGGAUCUGGACUGCAACAAGGUCAGUGCUCCUAGCAAUGCAGAAAUUAUCCCUCCUUUACCUGAGCCUGAGGCCUCUGAACUGAAGAAACACUUGAAACAGUGUCUGGUUAGGUUGACUCUGAUCACCCAAAAGCAGAUCUUCUCCUCCGAUUCGAAGGCUCUGGCAAGUAUGAGUCUGAACACUCAGCCCAUUCUGAACCUGGAGAAGUUUCAGGAGGGACAGGAGCUUCCUCUGUUGCCACCUGGCCGUGACAAAGCCUCCCCCUCCUCCACUGAGUUCAAUCCACUCAUCUACGGCAAUGAUGUAGACUCUGUGGAUGUAGCCACAAGAGUGGCGAUGGUGAGGUUCUUCAACUCUCCAAAUGUGCUGCAAGGAUUCCAGAUGCACACACGCACUCUGCGUCUCUUCCCCCGGCCCGUGGUUGCAUUCCAGGCUACAUCUUUUCUGGCUUCUCGGCCACGCCGAAAUGGAUUCACAGAAAAGCUCUCACACACCCAGGCAGUGGAGUACUAUGGAGAGUGGGCUCUCAACCCCACCAACUUGGCUUUCCAAAGGAUACAUAACAAUGUGUAUGACCCCUCUCUGAUAGGCGACAAGCCUAAGUGGUAUUCACACCAGUUACAGACAGUAUUUUACCGUGUGUAUGAUGGAAACUCUCAAUUGGCGGAGGCAUUGAGUGGACCACUGCAGGAUGAGACCAACGAUUCAGACCCUACCGAUGACAGUGGCAGUGGCAGUGACAGUGACAGAGACAGUGAAGCAUAUGAUGACUCCAGUUCUUCCUACUCGUCUCUUGGAGACUUUGUGAAUGAGAUGAUCAAAGGAGACAUACAGGGGGACACGCCAAAUCUUGACCCUCUGACCCAUGCUGCACUGGGGGAUGCUAAUGAGGUAGAGAUCCAUGACUUCCAGGAGUAUAAGGGAGAGAGUGGGGAACAUGACCCAGAGCCAGAGGGCCCUUCAGAUGCCACAGAAGGCCAGCCACUCCGCUCCAGCUCCAGCACCACGGCUAGUUCCAGUCCCAGUACCGUCAUACAGGGAAUCAACCAUGAGCAGAAGCAACCUAUUGAGGUGGAGGUGUCUGCAAGUGUAGCUCUUCAGAACUCAGCUCCAGUAUUAGGUGCCUCACCUUUCACAAGACCCGCCCCUGAGCCAGACCCUGUGGACUCAGCCAAUAAGAAGCGACAGUAUGAUAACCCCUAUUUUGAGCCCCAGUAUGGCUUCCCUACAGAGGACGAUGCUGAAGUGGAAGAACAGGAGGAGAGUUACACACCACACUUCAACCAGAAUCUCAAUGGCAACAAGCCAUCUCGGCCGCUGAGACCCAGCAGUCUAAAGCUUCCGGGUGAAUCUGAUGGUGAGGGAGAUUCCAAAAAUAGCUCUCCAAACUCCACCAUUUCCAACAACAGCAAUGAUGGCUUCGGGGGACUCAUGUCCUUCGCCAGUAACCUGUAUAAAAACCAUGGGACCAGUUUUAGUCUCUCCAGUCUGGCCCUGCCUAAUAAGGCCCGAGAGAAGAACACUCCCUUCCCCAGCCUCAAAGUAUUUGGGCUAAAUUCUCUAAUGGAGAUUGUAACAGAGAUCGGCCCGGGGAGCGGAGAAGGUGCCCGAGCUCCCCGAGCACUGGUAGAUCAGAAAUCCUCUGUUAUUAAACACAGCCCCACCGUCAAGAGAGAGUCUCCAUCUCCUCAGGGCAGAGCCAACAAUACUAGUGAGAACCAGCAGUUUCUGAAGGAGGUCGUCCUGAGCGUGCUGGAUGGGCAGGGUGUGGGCUGGCUGAACAUGAAGAAGGUGCGCCGCCUGCUGGAGAACGAACAGCUGCGAGUCUUUGUGCUCAGCAAACUCAACCGUGUUGUCCAAUCAGAGGAGGAUGCUCAGCAGGAAGUUAUAAAAGAUGUGGAGAUCAACAGAAAGGUGUAUAAAGGCAUGUUGGACUUAUUGAAGUGCACAGUGUCCAGUUUGGAGCACUCCUACACUAAUGCUGGGCUUGGAGGCAUGGCCAGUGUGUUCAGCCUGUUAGAGAUAGCACGCACCCACUACCAAACAAAAGAGAAACGGAAACGGAGCCCCACAGAUGGGGUGAGCAGUCCAGGCAGUAAGGAGAGCCCAUCGGGCCGAAUGGAGAGCGCCAGGGCAGCAGGCGUGCUAAUAGUACCACGUAUCCAGUUGCCAACCCCCUCCUCUGGGAAGGCAUCACGGCAGUUUGAUACCCGGAGUCUGAACGAGGAGAAUUUUAUUGCAUCCAUUGAAUUGUGGAGCAAGCACCAGGAUAACAGAAAGCAAAAAGCUUUGGAAAAAGAACAGAGGGCUGAUCGAGCAAAACAGUGUCUAGAAGGUGGCGACACUGAGGAAAAGAAAUCUCAGAUCAGUGCUGACAGUGGCCUCAGUGUGACUUCUGGUUCACAGAAGAGUGAUACAGAGUCCCUGGCGAGCUCAGAGCCUCCUGCUUUGACAAGAAGCACAAGCCAGGAUUCAGAGGCCAGCACAGUGGUGAGUAACAGCUCAGGUGAGACCCUGGGUGCAGACAGUGACCUGAGCAGCACUGCUGGAGAUGGCCUAACAGGCAGACGUGCUCCCCAUCUAAACCUGUCCCGCAGCACACUGUCCGACAGUGAGAUAGAGACCAACCCUGCAACCAGCUCUGUGUUUGGCAAGACCCAUAAGCUGAAGCCAGGAGUGAGGGAACCUGUGGUUGUUAAUAAGGGAGUACCAGCUUCGCCUCUUGAGGAUGUUAGCAUGAGGAUCUACCUGUGUGAAGGGCUGCUGGGGCGAGAUAAGAGCUCUGUUUGGGACCAACUGGAAGAUGCUGCCAUGGAAACCUUUUCUCUGAGCAAGGAGCGCUCUACUCUGUGGGACCAGGUGCAGUUCUGGGAGGAUGCCUUCCUGGAUGCAGUAAUGUUGGAAAGGGAAGGAAUGGGGAUGGAUCAGGGACCACAAGAAAUGAUUGACAGGUACCUGUCUUUGGGAGACCAUGACCGCAAGAGACUAGAGGACGAUGAAGACAGAUUACUGGCCACUCUCCUGCACAACAUGAUUGCCUACAUGCUUAUGAUGAAGGUCAAUAAGAAUGACAUCAGGAAGAAAGUCCGGCGUCUUAUGGGGAAAUCUCACAUCGGCCUCACACACAGCCAGGAGGUCAAUGAAGUCCUGGACCGCCUCACACAUUUGAGUGGCCGGGAACUUCCCACCAGGCCAAGCGGCAGCCGGCACAUUAAGAAGCAGACGUUUGUUGUGCAUGCUGGGACUGAUACCACUGGAGACAUAUUUUUUAUGGAGGUAUGUGAUGACUGCAUCGUCUUGCGCAGUAACAUUGGCACAGUAUAUGAGCGUUGGUGGUAUGAGAAGCUCAUAAAUAUGACCUACUGCCCCAAGACCAAAGUAUUGUGUCUGUGGAGGAGGAACGGCCAGGAGACACAGCUUAACAAGUUCUACACCAAGAAGUGUCGGGAACUUUACUAUUGUGUCAAAGACAGCAUGGAGCGUGCUGCUGCACGACAACAAAGCAUCAAACCAGGUCCAGAGCUGGGAGGGGAGUUUCCAGUUCAGGAUAUGAAGACAGGAGAGGGUGGUCUCCUUCAGGUCACACUGGAAGGCAUCAACCUCAAAUUCAUGCACAGCCAGGUUUUCAUAGAGCUGAGUCACAUUAAAAAGUGCAAUACAGUGAAAGGAGUCUUUGUCCUGGAGGAGUUUGUUCCUGAAACUAAAGAAGUGGUGAUCCAUAAGUACAAGACUCCUAUGGCACAUCAGAUCUGUUACUCGGUGCUCUGUCUCUUCUCCUACAUGGCGGCAGUCAAAGGGAAAGAGGCAGACGGCAAGCCCAAGAUGCUGUCCCCUCGACCACUACCAAGCUAGUAGAGCACACUUCUCUCCUACAAAUACUACAGCCUGCUCCUGAAAUCUCUGCAAUACACCUGUUCUGUGCAACCCGAACCUCCGGCCAAGCUGCUUUUUGAAGACCUCUGCUUCUGUAUUGAUUCUCAAAUGUAGAUGUAUUUGCGUAUUCUAAACAUUUGUCCUUAAAGAAUCGCCUUGCCGUAUAAAUAUCUGAUCCACAUACCUGAUAUAAUGCUCCAUCUCAGUCUGUGGACCUUGACCCCAAAAUGGUGGUGUCCUCAUAAUAUGGACACCAACCAGGACAAGAACACUAUUGGUUGAUGUCCCCACAUUUACACACUUUUCUUUUUUUUCACCUUAUUUUGAUCAGAGGCAUUUGGCUGCAUGCAGGUCACAGGCACAGCUCUUGUGAGUUGGCAAUCUCACUCACCUCUAUCUCCCUCUACAUCAUCUCGGAUAUCAGUCCACAGACUGUGUAAUUUAAUAUUUAUGUGCUUAGUUGUACUGUAAAUUGCAGUCUGUUCUGUCUGUGGUUGCUGAAAUGUUACAAAGUCUUGGCGAUCUAGCGCUGCCACGUAUGAGGGGUUUGCCUUAACCGUCCGCGACGGAGAAGCUGUCCCAUUCGUAAAUGUUCCAUUGGCCCUUCACCUGCUGUAAGUGGUGUAUGUAUCUCUUUAGCUCUGCCACGUGAGGCUCAAACUACUGUAAUACUUCUGCUGUAAAGUUCCCUGUCUGUGAACUGCUGUUAAAUUGCAUGUCACUAUAAGAAACAAAAAAAAUAUAUAAUAUUAAAAAUAAAUACUGUACAUCUCUAAAGCAAUGUUGAAAAUUUACAAAAAUGUUAAAAACUGUAGUUUGUUUUCUAGAUGUGCAAUAUUUUCUCUGGUGGGUCCUAAGAACAAGUCCAGUAGUCAUUUCCAUAGUGUUCAUCCACUGUUCUCCAGUGUUCAUAAUGAGGAGACCAGAGUAAGGCAAUGGAUCAGGCAUCAAUACCAUUAUUUCAGUUUGUUUGUUAUUGUUUUUGAUUUUUUUUUUUUUUUA